ACCGCUGGCCCCAGAGAGGGUGCGCGGUGCCAUUGGCCCACGUUGUGCCGCACAGCUCUGUACCUGCAGCUGUCCAAGGCCAACCGCUGGCCUUUGCCCUCAAUUGCCUCCCCUGACCGCUCCGUUGCCCCUUUCAGUGACCCACUUGCUCCCGGUCCGCGCUACCGUCGUUGUAAUCUCCGCCGGUACAUAAGGCUUUCUCACUUCCGCUGUUCCCUCUCCUUCUUCCUCCAACUCAAGUUCACACUUCGAGCUCCAGCAUUUGACUCCGGUCGUCCAUUCGUUGAAUACAACAACCAACUAAUACUACACUCCCUUAAUACCCACGACUCCUCUACCACCUCACGAAACUUCCCCAAGUUUUCACCUUCUAAUCAAUCAAUAUGCGUUCCGCCAUCGUUCUCGCUCUUGCUGCCGCCGCCGCUGCGGCCCCUGGUGCUGGCUACGGCUAUGAGGCUCCCCCCUCGUACGAUGCCAUCCCUGCCGUUCCCCAGAGCUCUGCUCCCGCUGCCACCCCCUCUGUCAUUGAGUACCCCGCUACUCCCAUCGAGAGCGAGAAGCCUGAGGUGCCUUCCUACGUCCCGGAGACCCCUGAGGAGAGCGAGACCCCCGUCCCCUCUUACGCUCCCGAGACUCCUUCCGAGACCGAGACUCCUGUCUACUCCCCGGCCCCGUCUUCCCCGGUCGAGGCCUGCGAGAGCACUGUCACCGUCACCGUCACCGUCCCGUCCGAGUCCCCCUACGUUCCCACUGGCACUGGCGGUGUCCCCGUCCCCUAUCCCACCGGCCCUGCCAGCGAGGCUCCCUACCCCACCGGCACUGGUGCUCCUUACGUCCCUGCUGGCCCUACCGGCACUGGCUACCCCGUCCCCAGCUCUCCUCCGGCCUUUGAGGGCGCUGCCUCCAAGCAGACCUUCGGUGUCCUCGCCGCUGUCGGUGCUUUCGCUGCUUUCUUCUUGUAAACGUCAUCCUCUUCAAAUGAGCUUUGCCUCCCUCAAAGAGGUACGGCUAUGACUUUUGCAUGGUCGGUUGGUUUCCUUUGUAGCGGGCGUGUCUCUGCGUCAAGCGAACACGAUAUCAUUGUACAUGGAUCGCGUAAUCCUUUAAUCAGGGGUUGGUAGUUGGGUUGCAGGUAGAGAAUCGAGUGGUUGAUUAGAACUUUCGUGCUUUGUCGUCGUGAUAUUCAUAUGCGUAUUGCCUACCUGACCGUGGUUUAACUGUCAUGGCCU